AUGUUUCUGGAUUGUCGCGCUAAUAAAUUAUGAUACCGAAUGCGUUUUCGCAGGAAAAAAUAAAUACAUUUUUACUGCACACUAGCAAUCAAUACACCUGAUCUCAAGUGCUAGAAUUAGUUUCCAUCUGUAAGCGAAAGCCCACAUGAACAUUCUAUAUUGUCGCUCAUAAAGAGAUCAAAACUUUCAGAAGUGGCACUGCAAGGAAAACAAGCUUAUUGAGGCAGGGAAUUAAUUGUUUUCAGCUUAAAGCAUUAGUAUUUUAAUGGUUGUAGUUGGCAUGCGUUGGUAAUUGCCAGUAGGAGUUUUAAUAGUUGUGCCAUUCAUUUUUAAAGAAUGCACUCAUUGCAGAUGCAAUUUUGUUGCAUUCUCCUUUAGCAAGGGUGGAAGGCAGAACAUUUUCUUUCCAGAAAGUUUCAAAAGAAGACGACGUAAAUCCACAGCAUAAAUCUAGACGACAUAAAUCCACUGCAUAAAUUCAGGUGGGUGCAAGCACAAAUACAAGAGGAGACAAGCUCGUAGCUUUUUAAUUUGGCAGUAUGGCUGAGCUGAAGCCAACAGGAUUGACAUCAUCACUCGCAUUGCCUGAACAAAGACUGAUUUGUCGAGUGUGUCAAAAACAAUUUUCACAGUACACCUGUCCUCGCUGCAAUGUGCGCUAUUGUUCAGUUGCAUGCUACAAGGGACACAGUAUUCGCUGUACAGAAUCUUUCAUGCGGGAGAAUGUUAUGGAUGCAUUUCAUCAGAUGGAACCAUUGAACGAGACAAAGCAGAGAAUGCUGGAAAUUUUGAAGCGCUUUCACUCAGAAAAUGAAGCUAGUACUAGUGAAAUGGAAGACAGUGAUGAAGAUGACUUUCCAUUGUCUAUGGAGAUGAUUCAAAAGAUAGCUAAAGGACGUGAUAUCUCAUUGGAUGACCUAUCAGUGAAAGAUAGAAAACAUUUCCUGCAAGCUGUAGCAUCAGGUAAAUUAAGCCACUUGAUAAGGCCUUGGGAACCAUGGUGGUUUAAGCCUGGUGUAAAUAAAAUAACUCUUUCCAAGCAAGGAAGUCAACUUGUUCAGCCAUUAGAUGCAUCAGAAGUUCACGUGCAAGCAAAAUUAAGUACAGAAAAUGCACAUCAAGAUGGGAAUGGUGUGAGUGGCAUACCUCCAGGUCCUGAGAAUCCAUUAUCAUCCGUACAGCAAUUGACUUCUAUAGAACCAUCACCUUUGCUAGUUGUUCAUUUGGUGGAUGUAAUAUACAGCUACUGCUUUACACUUCGAUUUUUUAAUGGAGACUGGAAAAGUGAUUCUCUGGAUGCAGCAAUGGUUUGUUUAACUUUGUCUGCAGUGUUGGGCCAAGCAGCUUUACCAGAAUCUGUCAGUGAAGCUUUGUCAAAUUGUUUAGAGACAGCAUGUUCUCCAAGUUUUAAACAUGCUGGUGGAUUGCAAUUUGGGAUUGGACUUUUUGAUGAUGUUUCUGCUCUUUUAAGGCUUGGUAGGGCAGCCUUAGUAUGCGCGCUUAUGGACUUGUAUAGACUGCUGGAGGCUGCAACAAAAGAAGCUAAGGUUGACCAAUCUGGAAAACGGAGACAACUCAGAGAAAAAGUAAAUAGAAAUAAGGAAGCAGAGAGUCAUGAUACAGGAAGAAAUGGAAGUUGGAAAUUACUUCAAUCGGCUUUGAGAAAAGUCUACUUUCUAAUGUGUUGGACUAAUGAACAGCCAAAUGAAGUCUGGUCUUCCAUGACCAUUCUUAUAGAAGCUGUAAAGAGAGAAUUUACUACAAUGGAUUUUGGAAACUCUGACAAAAAUCAUUUGAACGUCAAUAAUCAGGAAAACCCAAAAGAUAAGAUUUUGAUUGAAGAGGUUAUGUAAGAAUUGUGUUAGGAACAUAUUUUAGUGGAAACAAAUGUAUUAUCAGGCACAAGGGCUGCUGUUCAAGCUUCGGCAUUUCUUGUGUGUGUGUGUUUUCAGAGAUAUUAGUUCUAUUUAUUGUCAAAAGCAAUAUAUACAAUUUGUUAUUUCUGCAUAAUACAUAUUUUGCCGCCUGAUUCACUUACA